GCCGGCCGUUGGGGGCGUUGAGCGCCGCGGCAUGGCGGCGGCGCUGCUGGAGAUCCGGCGGGGGACGCGGAGCGCCCUGCUGGUUAUCCGGGAAGUAAAUCUCAGGAGUUUGCCGGUGGAUAUCUCAAUAACAUCGGCCUCGCUAGAAGUGCGUAGCAGAGAGGCCUGCGUGGCAGUGACGCUCCCGGCUGAGGUCCGGGUUGCCCCAUCCUCCUGCCGCGGGCUGCGGUGCCUUCCUGGCGAUGGGCUGCACCUGAGGCUGCAGGUGCAGGUGGGCUCGGACACGAAAUUGAUUUCUGCUUUGAGUGAAAGCCUGAAACCCCAGAAGAGUUACGUCUUUUACUGUCAGUCCUGUGGUGACAUAAUAAAAGAAGGGAAAUUUCUCAGAGUUCUUCCUCUACCAAGUGAAAGCUGGAGUGCUUUAGUUGAUGAAUGGUGUUGCCAUCCUAACCCCUUUAUCAAAAGCACGUUGCACCCUCAGAAAGACGACUGUUUUCUUGGAGACACUUUUUUUCUCUUGAAUUCAGGAAAUGAGUUACAUGUGCCAGGGUCUCCCUUGUGCUCUUCAGAGACUGGACAUCAUACUUCUCAGAGCGGCUCCACCUCGAAAUCAAAGGAAAAUACCAGAGUAAUUUGCAAGCGCUGCAAGACAAUGCUCGGAGAGACAGUAUCAUCAGAGACCACUAAGUAUUAUGUUACUGAAGUGAUUAUUCGACCAUCUGAGGAAAAUUUCAGCACGAUAUCAAGAUCUCAGUUUGUACAGAGCAUGAUAGCUCAAUGUCUUGUGGAAUUUUCCUCUGCUAAAAGCACGUUUAGGUUCAGCAUAAAAGGAGAUGAUGGAAAAGUCUAUGUUUUGGUAUGGCUUUUAAAUUCUGACACACUGCUGGUGGAAUCCUUAGAAAGUUCGUCCUCCCACAGUGUUUUUACACUGUUUGGAGAUACUUUGAGACCUGAUUCUGGACCAGUGGGAACUUGGAAUGCUGUCAAGGUUCUUUACCAGCCAUGCCUUAAAAGCAGGAAUAAGGACCUUGCUGAUGCAUGGGAAAAUGAUAUUGGAGUUCAUCCUUUAACAUUUCCAUCAGAAACAUGUUUGGAAUUACUGAUAAUACUGGGUUUGAGUACCACCUCUCUGCCACCUUCACUUCGUUGCAUGAACUCCUUCCAGGUUGCCUUUUUGAAGAUGUGAAGAAUCCAGAUAUAUAUGUUGAAAACUAUUCUCAAAUUCGUCUUCAGCAAAAAUGUACAGCUACCUUCUAAUGGUGUGCUUUCCAGAAAAGAAUCUGCUGAUGAUACAGAACAAAAUUUGGAGGUGCAGGGGAUAUUCUUCAUGUCUCGAUGUGUUUCAAAAUUAUAAAACCCAAGACAGAGACUAUAUGCCUAGCCAUCAUUCUGAGAGUGGCUUAUCUGACAUGUUAGAAAGUUGGGAUGACUGAAAGUUUGGAUGCCUUCAUUGCCAAAUGAAUACAUAGAAUUAUCUAUGUACCCAAUGGGACGCAUUUAUAGGACGGUGCUGUGAUAGUCAUUUAUGUGUCCGAAGGAAGAUGAACAACUGGUAAUAGGGAAAGGUUCUGAAAUAUUUUGUUUUGUGAAUGCUAAAACAAACUCUUUACUUUUUUGAUCUGGUAAAGUUAAAGGUCCAGUUUUUAAAUUAAAAAAAUCUGGGUUUUGUUAAAAUUAUAUAUAUAUAUAUAUCAUGUAUGUUGUUUCCACAUCAAGGUCUCUCCCCUUCUUGAGAGAGAAGGAAGACAGUUUCCGUAUUCCUGCUCUUACAGAAUUUGGUGAAAUUUAUAAUGAUUUGGAGAAUCAAGUUUUCAAGAUUCCUUGGAAUUAUUUUCAUAGAACUUCAAAAAAAGAGUCUGUAUGUGAAGGAUGGCUGAGAGAUGGCAGAAACUGAUGGAGAUAGAAGAUACUUGCAACAAGUCAGUACCGGUUCCCUGAACUGUCCUCUGUUGUGUCCUGCUCUGUCUUGACAAAGUCUAUGGCUUGAGCCAUAAGGAAAAUACUUGUUACUGUUUAGUUGAGCUCUGUUUUUACAUGCACAUGGAUCUUGCUCCCACUGUGAAACUUUCAGAGAUGCUCCUUGUGAUGCUUCCACAAGUCUGUAGUGUUGUACAGAUCAUACAAGUGGAAGGGUUCAAACAGCAGUUGUAAAUUUUACACAGUUCAACAAGAGUGACCACUGUUGUAAUAGUUUUUCUGCUAGAUUUUGGAAGGCUCAAUAAAGCUGAUGUUUCAGGGAUUAAAUCAGCUUUAUAGACAGAAUUCAGAGAUCUCAUGUAGGAGGCAGAUUGUCCCGUAUCUGCUUAGGCUGUCUGUAGUUUUCUGUAAGCGACUGAUGCUGACACAUCAUAACCAGGUACUAAACUAGUUUUUCUGACCUAUGUCGGAUAAUGUGGCAUUCCUGUGUUCUCAAAUUGUAUAGAAAAAGAUUUCUAAAAAGAAAGAAAGAAAAAAAAAAAGAAAAAAGAAUAACUAGGCUGACUUUUUCAAAGUCCAUCUUUAAUCUCUUAAAACAAAAAGAUACUACCUUGCUGGAAGACAGCUGCAUGGAAGGAACUGAUUUUGAGGAGAAUAUUCUUGGUAGAGGAAUUCUUCCAAAAUUUCUGAAUUUCAUGGAAACUUAACAUGCCAUUUACUCACUUGAUGAUGAAAUCAUUAUAAUGCAGGAACUGACCCUGCAAAGUUCUGGGCACCUGUGAGCUGUUAGGUAUCCAACAGCAAGUAGCUGAGGCCUCUCAGCCCCAUCCUGGGCAUCUUAUUUUUCUGUUGUUAUUUUAGUUUUCAGUAUUCAAGGAAGAAAAAAAUAUUCUGAAUUUUAUGUUCAGGAACUAGAUUAUAUAGCUCCAAGGUAUUUUGUCUGUGCACCAGAGUUUAGUCGUUUUAUGAAUAAAAUAUGUUUUCCGAA